AUGACUCUAUCUGUGAGUCUUGGAGACAUUGUUACCAAAUAUGUAUGUGAUCCUAUUUGUGGCCAGAUUCCUUACUUGCUAAAACACAAAAGGAAUGUAGAGGAACUAACAGAAGCAAUAGAUGAGCUAACGAGCAAGCCGAAUGACAUACAGAGAGAAGUAGCCACACUUACUGGUGCUGGAAAGAUUAAUACAUGCCAAAUAAAUCAAUGGUUGGAAGCAGUCGGUGAAAUUGAAGAAGAAGCAACAAGAAUAAAAGAUGAGUAUGAACAAGGAAGGACAUGCCUAAGAGGGCUAGGUACAAAUUAUUGGUCAAGCUAUAGACUCAGCAAGAGAGCCGUGAAGCUCAAGAUAAAGGCCGACCGCCAAUGUGAAAAACUCUUUGAGAGGUUAGCAAUAACUCCACCUCCGGAGUCUGCCAUAGAUUUAGAAACCGGAACCAUCGAGGAUCAACCCACAGCUAAACACACUAAGGAGGAGGUUCUCAACUACAUAGCUGAUGACAGGAUCAGUGUGAUUGGUGUGUAUGGAAUGGGGGGAAUAGGGAAGACAACUCUCAUGGAAAAUGUCAAUAACCACUUAACAUUCCAAAAUCAUUUUGAUGUUGUGAUAAUGGUUACAAUCUCUGCACAUCCAAAUUUUGAACUUAUACGGGAGAGGAUUGGAAAACUCUUGCACUUGAAUUUGUCAAUGCAUGAUGAUGUUGAUGAUAAAAAACAUAAGUUGUUAAAUGUUCUGAGGACAAAGAGGUACCUAAUAAUCUUGGACGACAUGUGGAAGAGAUUGGAUCUCAAAGAAAUAGGAAUACCCCAACCAAAAAAGCAGGAUGGUUGUAAAAUUGUCGUGGAGAGUCGAAGAAAAGAUGUAUGUCACAACAUGCAAGCUGAGUGCAUAGUUGAAGUAAAAAAACUAUCAGACGAAGAGGCAUGGAGUUUAUUCCUUAACAAUGCCGGUCAUCAUAUUUCUUCUCAAUUGACAGAACCGCAUGCUAGAAAGGUUCUUAAAAAGUGUGGGGGAUUGCCCCUCGCGAUCAUCACUCUUGCUCGGGCUAUGCCAAGCAAGGAGAGUAAGGAGGCAUGGGAAGACGCCCUACGAAUAUUGAACAUGUCAGCUGCAGGUCUCCAAGGUAUGGAUGAUGCAUUUGGCCCUUUAAAGUUUAGCUAUGAUCGUCUAGAUACAGAUGACGUUAGAUCUUUCUUCUUGUAUUGUGCCCUUGUUCCCCAAAGACUGCUCAAUUGGAAAAUUCAACAUAAUAAACUGCUAUGUAAAAAGCUGAAAAAGUUACCACCAACAAUAGGAAAGCUCAACCAACUCCAAAUGUUAGACCUAGAAGGAUGUACAGCUAUUAAGGAGCUGGAUUCUGGGCUAGCUGAGCUCACUAAUCUAAUAUUUCUCAAUCUUUCUGCUAUGUCUGGACUUAAGAGUCUUCCAACAGGUUUAUUAUGUAGUUUGGUUAAUUUGGAGUACUUGAAUGUUUUCAUAUCUGGAGGUUUAAAAUGGAGUACGGCUCGUAGCAUACUAGAGGAGAGCUGGAUGAGUGCAUGGGAGUUAACCCGGUUGGUUUGUUUAUCUUAUCCAAGCAUUUGUAUAAAAGGCGUUAUGGAUUGGGAUUGGCUCAAGUUGUUUCCCCAGAGAUUACUGUGCUUGGGUUUAACGGAUUGUACUUUGACAAAUGAUGCAUUUGUUGCUUCAGAAGAAUCACAAAGCAUUGAAUUUUUUUCUUUCCUGAAUUGCAAGGGUAUGAAAGGUGCCCCUAGUCCCCGUUUGGGAUAUCUUGAAAUAAAGGGCUCUAAGGAUUUGGAAUGUGUGAUGGUUGGAGAGGAGGCCAAAGAGCAUAGCUUCCAAAGCUUAGAGGUGACGUACCUUGAAAUGUUGCCCAAAUUGGAGAGGAUAUGUAUUGGGGUGCCACCUCAUGUAUGCUUUGGUAAGCUAAAGAAUAUGAAUGUAGAGAAAUGCCCAAGUUUGAGAGUUCUCUUCACAAAUGGUAUGGUGCAAUAG